GAAAAGAGAAUUUUGAUGGAAGAAGAGUAAGAGUCUUGCAGAGGUAAAAUUCCCACAUGUGACUCCCUCCUUCCUCCCACUUUGAAGACGACAAAAAAUCCAUCGCAAAUCCAACCGAUUUCCGCCUCAAUCCAUUUUCAAUCGGUUGUUGUUGCUUCACAUACACUACUUUCCUUCGUCUCUAUCUAAUUUCUCUCACACCAAAUGCAGGAAAGCAGGAGAUUGUUCUAUUCGGUGAUUCGGCAAGUAAAUUGAAGCAAUUUUAUCGAAUUUGAAGGUUUCGGUUCUGUGCUGCGUAUGCCAGUGGAUCUAUGCUGGAAUUGUAACUUUUUCUGUUGAGGUUGAAAAGCUGAUGGGUAACAAGAUAUCAAAAAAAUCGAUUUCUGGUCGAUAUUCAUCGUAUGCGUCAAGUUCGAACUGGAACCAUACUGCCUAUCCACAAUCAUCGUAUCCUCAGCCAAGUCAUGGCUAUGCACCUCAACAUUCGAUGUAUGGUGGCCCGCCCCCGCCUCCGGAGUCUAAGAGAAGAUUGGAGAGGAAGUUCUCUAGAAUAGAUGACAAUUACAACUCCUUAGAUCAGGUCACUGAUGCUCUUGCACGUGCUGGUCUAGAAUCCUCGAACUUAAUUGUUGGUAUUGAUUUCACAAAGAGUAAUGAGUGGACUGGUGCCAGGUCAUUUCACCGGAGAAGUUUGCAUCAUAUUGGAGAUGAGCAGAAUCCUUAUGAACAAGCCAUAUCGAUUAUUGGACGAACACUCUCCAAAUUUGAUGAAGAUAAUUUAAUUCCUUGUUUUGGAUUCGGCGAUGCUUCAACGCACGAUCAAGAAGUCUUCAGUUUUUUCCCAGACGAGAGGUUUUGUGAAGGGUUUGAGGAAGUGCUAAACCGAUAUAGGGAUUUAGUUCCUCAAUUGCGGCUUGCAGGACCAACAUCAUUUGCUCCUAUCAUUGAAAUGGCUAUGACCAUCGUCGAACAAAGUGGUGGCCAGUACCACGUGCUGCUGAUCAUAGCUGACGGACAGGUCACAAGAAGUGUCGACACUAAUCGUGGCCAGCUAAGCCCCCAAGAGAAGAAAACUGUGGAUGCAAUCGUCAAAGCUAGUGAGUACCCAUUGUCUAUUAUAUUGGUUGGCGUUGGAGAUGGGCCGUGGGAUAUGAUGAGGGAAUUCGACGACAAUAUUCCUUCCCGGGCUUUUGACAAUUUUCAGUUUGUAAACUUCACAGAAAUCAUGUCGAAGAACAUGGAUCGGGCUCGAAAAGAAGCUGAGUUUGCGCUCGCAGCAUUAAUGGAAAUACCUGCUCAGUAUAGAGCAACUCUGGAGCUGAAUAUUCUUGGUGCUUCUAGAGGAAAGGACGUUGAUCGAAUCUCACUACCUCCUCCCCUCUACGGCGCGGCAUCUUUCUCCACACCAAAGCCUUCCCGUUCCAACAGUUUCUGUCCCAGUGCACCGACUUCCAGCAGUCGGGAUUCUGCUCCGCGGUCCAGCCAUUCCGGAAGCCACACUUCUGACAACCAUCUUUGCCCGAUCUGCAUUACCGAGCCAAAGGACAUGGCAUUUGGCUGCGGACACCAGACAUGCUGUGAAUGCGGACAAGAUCUUGUCUCGUGUCCUAUUUGUCGAAUGCCCAUCGAGACAAGGAUAAAGCUCUACUAAAUAAUACUCAAGGUCUCAUGGAAGCUGCCUAUUGUCGAAUCUUUCUUGCAUUAUUUGUGCCUACUAUUCGAACAUGUUCUGAACAUUAUUUUUUUCUAUCAUGAAUUUAUUUAUUUCUCUUAUGUACAUAAGUUUUGAACAUAAUAGGUUUGUGACCUUUGUUAUGUGGAUUAAUUUUGAUAAAUUGGAGUUUUAUUUUAUUUUUC